AUGGCAGCGGCUGACGCCUUCUCGCCCUGGUCCGACCUCUGCGUGCCGCCAGACGCCCUCCGCCUCGCGCCAACUCUCCUCUCCGGCAUGAGCUUCCGUUGGCACCCGAGCGCGGCCGGCAACAUCUACGUUGGAGUCCUCAGCGACUGCAUCUACGAGCUGCGCGAGGACGACGCGACCGUGCAUUGGCGCGUGUGUGGACCUGCCGACAGCGACCGGGCGCGCGCUCAGCUCCGCGAGCACCUCAGCCUCGACCGCGGCGUCACCGCCAGCGCGUGGGCGGGCGGCGGGCAGCUACCGGUCCAGUUCUUUCACGCGGCCGCCGCGCUGCCUGGCGUGCGCGUGGUGAGCGUGCUGUCGCGCCUCGAGAGCCUUGUGUCCUUCAUGGGUUCGGCCAACAACAACAUCAAGCGCAACAUGCAGAUGGUCGCCUCACUAUGCGCGAACUUCGAGGAGAACCGUCUCGGGUGCGACAGCGAGGGCGCUGCCCUCUUCAGCUUCCCGUCGGUCGCCCAGCUGUGCUCGCUCUCGGAGGAGCGGCUCUGGGAGCUGGGGUGGGGGUACCGCGCGCCGCGGCUGCACAAGCUCUCUCGCCAGCUCGAGGAGCGCGGCGGCGAGGCGUGGCUCGACAGCCUCGCGCGGCUCUGUGACGAGGAGCUCCGCGCCGAGCUGGUCGCGCUGUGCGGCGUCGGGCGCAAGGCUGCGGCCCGCUGCUCUUCUGCCGCACCUCGCAGCCCUGUGCCCGUCGACACGCACUGCCUGCAGAUGGCGCGCCGCUUCCUGCUGCCCCCCGCGGCCCGCGACAAGAGCUUCGGGCCGGCCCUCUACGAGCAGAUCAGCGCCUGCUUCGUCGACCUCUUUGGACCCCUCGCUGGGUGGGCCUUCAUGACUCUAUUCGCGGGCGAGCUCGCAGACUUCCGGCGGCGGGCAGCCGCCUGCAGAGUCGAGACCCGCGCCGCCCGGCGGCGGAGGUCGGGGUGCGAGGCGGAGGCACAGAGCGCCGAGGCGGACCGAGCGGUCGAGGCCUCGUCGCCGUCGGGGAAACGGGCCUCUCGUUACUUUUGA